UCCGCGCGGCUCCCCCCAUCGCUCCGUCUCAGCCGCGACCUCCUCGCCCCCCCCCCCCCUCCUGCAAGCUCCUCGCCGGCACCCCCCGGGUUCAGCACCCGGCCGCCACCCAGAUUUACAUGAAAGUGAAAAUUGCGUUAAUCGAAUAAUAAGGCAAAUGCGACAAGAGACCCUCUCGAUAUUCCACCGCGUGAUCGAACAGCGAUAAUUGCAGAGCUAUAUAUAUUUAUUUUAGAAAAAUUAAAAAGGAAAAUCUAUUUUUUUUCUCUCUCUCUCUCCUACCGUCGAAUCUAAUCUCCUGCAUCAGCGGCGAGCGCGCCAGUCAGCCGGUGAGCGGUAGGUGCCCGCGGUCGCUCCGAUUAAUAAUCAUAACACAAUAGCGACGAAUAAGUCGUCAACGCGGGGCUCCGCGCUACCAAUCAUCAUCACCCCCUCACUCGAUCCACAGCGCUCGGCUGUUAAGUAAUACUGCUGAGUAAUUAACGCUCUUCCAUUCACUCGUUGCUCGCUAAUUAGCUGAGCAGAGGCGGCGGCUAUGGACGACAAGAAGCAAGAGGAGAGCACGGGAGGAUGCAAGGAAUUCAUCUGGAACCCACGAACUCGACAAUUCAUGGGGAGGACGGGGACAAGCUGGGCUCUGAUCCUGCUCUUCUACCUCGUGUUCUACGGCUUCCUGGCCGGACUCUUCUCCCUCACCAUGUGGGUGCUGCUGCAGACCACCAACGAGUUCCGCCCCAAGUACCUCGACCGUGUCCCCUCGCCCGGGCUGAUGAUCCGACCUCAGGCGGACACCCUGGACAUCAAGUUCAAGCCGACGCAGAACAGCACCUUCCAGCACUACGUCACCGCCCUCAACGACUUCCUGUUGCCCUACAACGAGAGGAACCAGACGGCGCGUAACCUGAACUGCACGCCGGGGCGCUACCACUUCCAGAACGACACGGACGAGGUGCGCAACUACCCCAAGACGUCGUGCCGCUUCCUGCGCGCGUCACUCGGCGAAUGCUCGGGCCUCGUGGACACGAGCUACGGCUACAGCUCCGGCACGCCCUGCGUCAUCCUCAAGAUGAACCGGAUUAUCAGCUAUUACCCCAACGAAAACGCCGAACCGCUGAGGGUGAACUGCACCGGCAAGAGACACAAAAUCAACAAGGACGAGUGGCGUGACGACACUGCAAAAGUCGGGCCCCUCCGGUACUUCCCGGUCAACGGGACCUUUGACCCCAUGUACUUCCCAUACUACGGCAAGAAGGCGCACGUGAACUACACGCAGCCCGUGGUGGCGGUGCGGUUCAUGAACGCGACGCGUGGGGAGGAGCUGUCGGUGGAGUGCUCCAUCGCCGGCGUAAAGCACGAUAGCGAUCGCGACCGCUUCCUGGGAAGGGUGACCUUCAGGGUGUUCAUCCAGUGAUCGCCAGCCCACACACACACACCCACGAUCGUCUACACGCCCACAUACACGCUUGCUCAUUCAUGAUCAUGCCCACUCAACCACAUACACACAGGCUUGCUCGCCCACACGAUUUCACACUCGCUCAGCCAAGCUCACCCACACACGUACUCAUACAUACACUUAUGAAGACAACCUUAUACAUGCUCACCCAUACACACCCAUUCAUAUAAUAUAAAUCAUACGGGUGUAUCCCCAUACACACCCAUACUCAAAAAUACACAGCAAGAUAAACAACAUCUGGUUAAACCUAUACACAGCAAGAUUUACCUUAUCUCGGUAAACCCAUACACAGCAAGAUAAACCAUAUCUGGGACCACCCAUACACAGCAAGAUAAACCAUAUCUGGGACCACCCAUACACAGCAAGAUAAACCAUAUCUGGGUCCACCCAUACACAGCAAGAUAAACCAUAUCUGGGUCCACCCAUACACAGCAAGAUAAACCAUAUCUGGGUCCAUCCAUACACAGCAAGAUAAACCAUAUCUGGGUCCACCCAUACACAGCAAGAUAAACCAAAUCUGGGUCCACCCAUACACAGCAAGAUAAACCGUAUCUGGGUCCACCCAUACACAGCAAGAUAAACCAUAUCUGGGUCCACCCAUACACAGAAAGAUAAGCCAUAUCUGGUUACACCCAUACACAGCAAGAUGAACCAUAUCUGGGUAAACCCAUACACAGCAAGAUGAAUCAUAUCUGGAUAGACCCAUACACAGCAAGAUAAACCAUAUCUGGGUCCACCCAUACACAGCAAGAUAAACCAUAUCUGGGUAAACCCAUACACAGCAAGAUAAACCAUAUCUGGAUAAACCCAUACACAGCAAGAUAAACCAUAUCUGGGUCCACCCAAACACAGCAAGAUCAACCAUAUCUGGGCCCACCCAUACACAGCAAGAUAAACCAUAUCUGGGUCCAACCAUACACAGCAAGAUAAACCAUAUCUGGGUACACCCAUACACAGCAAGAUAAACCGUAUUUGGAUAAACCCAUACACAUCAAGAUAAACCAUAUCUGGGUCGACCCAUACACAGCAAGAUAAACCAUAUCUGGGUCCACCCAUACACAGCAAGGUAAACCAUAUCUGGUUACACCCAUACACAGCAAGAUAAACCAAAUCUGGAUAAACCCAUACACAGCAAGAUAGACCAUAUCUGGGUCCACCCAUACACAGCAAGAUAAACCAUAUCUGGUUACACCCAUACACAGCAAGAUAAACCAAAUCUGGAUAAAACCAUACACAGCAAGAUAAACCAUAUCUGGGUAAACCCAUACACAGCAAGAUAAACCAUAUCUGGGCACACCUAUACACAGCAAGAUAAACCGUAUCUGGAUAAACCCAUACACAGCAAGAUAAACCAUAUCUGGGCACACCCAUACACAGGAAGAUAAACCAUAUCUCGGCACACCCAUACACAGCAAGAUAAACCAUAUCUGGGUAAACCCAUACACAGCAAGAUAAACCAAAUCUGGGUCCACCCAUACACAGCAAGAUAAACCAUAUCUGGGUAAACCCAUACACAGCAAGAUAAACCAUAUCUGGGUAAACCCAUACACAGCAAAAUGAACCAUAUCUGGGUAUACCCAUACACAGCAAGAUAAACCGUAUCUGGAUAAACCCAUACACAGCAAGAUAAACCAUAUCUGGUUAAACCCAUACACAGCAAGAUAAACCAUAUCUGGUUAAACCCAUACACAGCAAGAUAAACCAUAUCUCGGUCCACCCAUACACAGCAAGAUAAACCAUAUCUGGGUAAACCCAUAUACAGCAGGA